AUGUUUUUACAUUGUAUUCCAGGACACACACAAAAGCUCUCACCCUACAUACGGCAUUGGGAGGCGGCGGAUUUCGAUCGCUCGUAUUUGCACUCGGCACAUCAAAAACACAUCGAACAGAAGCGCCAUCGGCGAAAAAGAGAACUGUAUUCGGGCGAAUUUGGUCCAGUUCACACUAUCAGACUGAAUUUCUUUGCUCAUGACAGAGAAUUUCGCAUGGUUCUACAUCAGAAUCCACUGUCAGUAUUUGCUAAUGAUGUCGAAAUCGAAAGUACGCAUGGACCAGUGGAUUAUGAUAUUUCUAGAAUAUACACCGGCUCAUUGGAAGGAAUGGCGCUCUUAACCCAUCCACCACUCUGUCUGUGUCUUUAUGGAAAUAUUUGUGGUUCAAAUGUUCUUUCAGAUAAUUGUAAGAGUUUCACCAAUCACAUUUUGUAA